AUGCAGUCCCGAAGCUAUCGCGGUAUUUCUACAUGGCAGUUAUUACUCACUGGCCUCGCAUUGAGCAAUCCCGGCCUCGCUGUUCCUGUAGAUGAUAGCCCUCGCCGGUACCUCGCAGCUGGUCUUGAUCUACCGCCGAAAUAUAGUAAAAAGUCAAAGUCGCCUUAUACUCCUGGCUACAAGGACCCUUAUGACCAUGCCGUCGAUGCUAUAGGCGAGGGAUUAGAUCCUCUCCCCUACCGCAAUGGACUGGGAACAUCUGUUCUUGGUCCCUGGAACCGAGAGAGGUCACGCCAGUCUCCGGAUUUAGUCCGACCACCCAGUACGGAUCAUGGAAAUAUACAAAAUCUGCGCUGGAGUUUUGCUGAUUCCCAUAUACGCAUUGAGGAAGGGGGGUGGACAAGACAAACCACCGUCCGCGAAUUAGGCGCUAGUGUUGAACUGGCUGCUGUGAACAUGCGCCUUGAUAAAGGUGUAAUUCGCGAGUUACAUUGGCAUAAAGAAGCCGAAUGGGCAUUCGUCCUAGAUGGCGAAGUUCGUGUCACUGCUAUCGACUACGAAGGUGGCAACUUCAUAGACGACCUCAAGAGAGGCGACCUGUGGUAUUUCCCAAGCGGCGUACCUCAUUCCCUUCAAGGACUCGGAGACAACGGUACCGAAUUCCUCUUAAUAUUUGACGACGGAAACUUCUCUGAGGAAUCCACCUUCAUUAUAUCUGACUGGCUAGCGCAUACUCCCAAGUCGGUCAUCUCGAAGAAUUUCAACCUGGCACCCGAAGUGUUCAAGCACCUCCCCGAAGGAGAAAAAUACAUUUUCCAGGGCCGCGAGCCAGGUUCAAUCGACGAUGAGAAGCCCACAGGUAAAAAUAUCAAGAAAUCCAAGUACAACUUCGUCCAUAGGAUGCUUGACCAGGAACCCCAUAAAACUAGUGGAGGUGACGUCCGGAUUACAGAUUCGAAGAACUUUGAGAUUUCAAAAACCGUAGCAGCAGCCCACGUCACUAUCGAGCCCGGCGCCAUACGUGAGAUGCACUGGCAUCCUAACGCUGACGAAUGGAGCUUCUUUAUUAGAGGUCGAGCACGAGUUACUGUCUUCGCCGCAGAAGGAACAGCUCGGACCUUCGAUUAUGUACAGGGCGACGUCGGCAUCGUGCCCGCAAACAAUGGCCAUUUCGUCGAGAAUAUCGGUGAUGAGCCGAUCGAAAUGCUAGAGGUAUUCCGUGCGGAUGAAUUUAGAGACUUCUCUCUCUUCCAGUGGUUGGGCGAGACACCUAAGAAGAUGGUCGUCGAUCAUUUAUUCAAGGACGACCCAGAGAAUGGUGAAAUCUUCUGGAACAGGAUCAAGAGCGCAGAGAAAGAUGAAGUCACUCUUCCCGGUUCUGACAACAAAGAAAUGUCGGAAGAACGCGAGUUGUAA